AUGCUGUUUAUAAUCCUGGCAGCAUGCAUUGCUGUGUUGCUCUACCUUUACCAUGUUAAUCGUGCUAUAAUGGCCGUUCCCGAGGAAGCUCGUCGUCUGUGCCCUCACCGCUGGACAGUCGAUGAGAUCAAGGCUGCUUUCGAAAAGGUUCAGGACUCUCCCACCGAUGUAGCCAAAAGCCUUCCCCCAAAGCAAUCUAGACGCUAUAUCGUUGUUGGUGGAUCCGGACUCGUUGGAAACUGGAUUGUAUCGCACCUUAUCAUGCGUGGCGAAGACCCAUCCGCUAUCCGGAUUUUGGAUCUCCAGACUCCCCGACCUGAAGUUCUCGAUCAGGGUGUCACCUUCAUCAAGACGAACAUCACCGAUGAGCAGGCCGUCCUGAGCGCCUUCUCACAACCAUGGGCCUCAUCAGUCGCUGACCUGCCAUUGACCGUAUUCCACAACGCCGCAGUGAUCCGACCCGCAGAACGCCUCAGGGCUUUCCUGCCUCUGUGCCGCAACGUAAACGUCGGCGGUACAGUGAACGUGCUCAACGCCGCCAAGAAAUCCGGAGCAACCUGCAUGAUCGCAACGUCGUCUGGCUCCGUCUGUCUCCGCCGAUUCUCGUUCUGGGUCGCUCCCUGGACAAAGACGCCCGAGUACCUCGUACAAGUCGUCAACGACUCAAGCGAAGUACCCAAGCAGCACGACCAUUUCUUCGGAAACUACGCCGUCGCAAAAGCCGAAGCAGAGAACAUCGUCCGUUCCGCAGACGACCCCAAAUCCAACUUCCGAACCGGCUGCAUCCGCCCCGUAAAUGGAAUCUACGGUGUCUCGGACUCCGCCGGCAGCGUCACAGGAAACUAUCUUCGUACCGGAGGUGCCCCAACCUGGACCUACGAUGUAAUUCACAGCUGGGUUAACGCCGAAAACGUCUCAAUCGCCCAUCUCCUCUACGAACAGCGUCUCCUCGAACACACGAAUAGCCCCUCCACGCUCCCAAACAUCGGUGGACAGGCCUUCGCCGUCACAGACCCCAACCCGCCCGUCAUCUUCGAUGACAUCUACCUUUGCCUCACGACAUUAGCAAAGACACCUGCCGCCUUCCCCCAUGUUCCAGUCAUGCCGUUUAUCCUGAUGUCUUAUCCCAUUGAAUGGUAUGCCUUCCUGCAGCAGCAGUAUCUCCCCUGGCUUCCGAAGAUCACGGGUGAGCUUGCUAAGCUGCAGCCGGGACUCUUUGCUAUCGCCAACGCGCACGUCAUUGGAGAUGACUCGCGUGCGCGGUUGUCUCCUGAGAAGGGUGGGCUUGGGUAUAAUCCACCUAUCAAUACCCUAGAAGGGCUAUGUAGGGAGCUUAAGGCGUGGAAUAAGAAGGCGGACAUGAAGUCUUCCUCUUGA